AAUCAGUAACCAGCUAUAAGUCCCAGCACUUGGACGUGCCAAACAUUUGAACGAGACAAAUUUAGGAGAGAAAAAAUGCCACCACCACACGAUCAUUGCGGCGGACAGCCACCCCAUCGUCGUGGGCCCACCAUCAAAGUGCAGAUCGCUGCACCCUGGCCGCGUCGUCAUCGUGCACCACCCAUUGUGGUGGUGCAGCAGAGACCACCUCCACCACCGCCCGUAGUGGUGGUGCAGCAGGCACCGCCGCCAUAUGGAUACUACCAACAGCCGCCGCCACCACAGGGUCCACCCGGAGGCGGUCACUAUCACAAUCCGCAGUACUGAAAA